AUGGGCUUCGGUGACUUUGACGAGAUCUGCAAGAGGGCAGCACUGCCGCUUUGUUCUUUGGUUGGUCCCUCGUCCGCGAUAUCAGGUUUUACCGGAAUUAUACCGAACUGCUAUGCGCGAAAUAUUGAGCUGGCCAACACGAUUAUCUUCGAAGGCGCUGCCUCAUUUCUGCAUAUUAUUGCGCUAGGGAUGACGGUGAUUAUGAUCCUGCAUAUCAGAUCGAAAUUCACCGCUGUGGGGCGAAAGGAGAUCAUAACAUUCUUUUACAUUUACAUGGCGCUUACCGUUAUUUCGCUGGUCAUCGACGCAGGCGUAGUACCUCCUCGAAGCGGUCCUUUCCCGUGGUUUGUCGCCGUCCAGAAUGGCUUGGCUUCCGCGCUGUGUACAAGUCUGCUCGUCAACGGGUUCGUCGGGUUCCAACUGUAUGAGGACGGAACUGCACUCUCUGUCUGGCUGCUCCGGUUAACGUCAACGGUCAUGUUCGCCGUGUCCUUUCUAAUCUCAAUCCUAACAUUCAAGUCCUGGGGCGGUCUAAGUCCGACAAAUACGCUUGCCUUGUUUAUCGUUUUGUAUAUCAUUAAUGCAAUCUGCAUCGCUGUCUAUCUGGUCAUGCAGCUUCUACUCGUCCUCAACACCCUCGAGGACCGCUGGCCCCUCGGCCAUAUCGCAUUCGGCUUGCUCGUUUUCAUCGCGGGACAAGUCAUUAUGUACGCUUUUGGAGAUGUCAUUUGCGAUAACGUUCAGCAUUACCUGGAUGGGCUGUUCUUCGCUACUUUCUGUAAUCUUCUCGCUGUCAUGAUGGUAUACAAGUUCUGGGACUAUAUCACAAAAGAAGACCUCGAAUUCUCCGUCGGAAUCAAGCCAAACAACUGGGAAGUCAAGGAGCUUCUUCCUGAGGAGGACCGCCGGACUAUGGUCUACCAGGAUACGAAUUCGGAGUAUGCCGGAAGCAUGUAUCAUCAUCGUGCAUCGACCUAUAACGGUCACGGCUAUUAA